AUGAAACGUAAACAGGACUUCGCUUUUACUUCAGCUAUGUGUCCGGAAGAUGCGCCCUUGACCACUAUACGCACAUCACGCGAGACGUUCGAAAACACUCACCGAGCAGAGUUUCGCAUGCUGGGACACGAAGCCUUCGCACAUGAUGUCAACACGGUCACCUACGAUUUUCACAUCCAGCUUGCUGCUUCUGGACGCCAUUCCACUUUUGGACUAGCGUUUCAACAACAGCUCCGGCGCUCCACGACCUCAAAGAGCAGGAAUGCCAGGUCGAUCGUUGCAACAGCAGACAACUUUCAUGACUUCUUCGGUAUUUCUGAGCGCCGUUACUCGCAUAAUGUUCAAUGGCUAUGCCCGGUGGUUACUGUGGUGGUGAAGGCGAAGCUCAGCAACACUUCUCCUCGAAGCUCAGCAACUCCAACACCCGAAAACUUGGCGGCAGGCGGCAGGCGGCAAAUCAUUCCUGCCAUCAACAACCAUAUGCUCAUCAGCUACUCUCGUAUCUCUCAGCACCCACAGCUAUUUAGAAUGCAGCACAUCAGCAGUUUCCCAAGUUGCACGCGCGGUUUCGAGGAACGAGGGCCGAUAGCUUGUCCACAUUGCGUUAAAGUGCCCGAAAGGCUCUUUACUCCAUCGACAGCAAUCACAUCGUCUACUGCUGCAACGAGCACAUCUUUCAAUAUACGGAGAACCAUCAGAGUGUCUGUGGUAAAGGUCGUGCCCGGGUCAUAUGCAUUUCGUGCAGGAGCCGUUGGCAGGGCGAUCUUCGAGCCAUGGGGCGAGGCAGUGUUCCUGUACAAGAUUUGGAAAUCGAGGUUUAUGGCCGAGACGGCUGACGCGGAUCUCUACCUCUGGCUGGGCUAUGAUAAUCUUACAGUCGUCUCCGACCGCAGAUGGAGCCGUGUGGGACAACAUCGCGCGGAACGCUGCUACAAGCUAUGA